GUUCCGCCCAGCCUCCCCUCCCUCCGCCUCCCAUGGCGCUCCGCCGGUUCUCGCCGCUACCUGUCCUCGGCGCCCUCCAUGGCCGCUCCGGUAACGGUAACGGGACCUACAUGGCUGCGGUGGCAACGCGCGGGUUCCGGGCAGCGCCCACACUUCCGGGGCAGGCCGGGCGAGCGCGGAACGUCACUUCCCCGUCCCGGGUAACGGGAUGCUCUGCUCCGUGGUCCCCCACGCUCCGUUAAAAGUUGGAGAAGAUACAAGGAAGAGUACAAAACACGCUGCACACUGCUGUUCUUUUGAGCUGCAAGACUGAUUCUGUGUGUGUCAUCCAAGAACCAACCACUGCCACGUUUUCAUCUAUUGGUAAACAUCGGCUGCGGGUUAGUCUUAAGGGAGGAUGACUGAAUCAGUUCCAGAUGGAGAACUCUCUCAGCUCAUUUAAGAUCUUCCAGUUGAUUUCAGACAGCAGGCAGAAAAAAUGGAAUAGACCACACAAAGCAGCAUGUGGAGUUCAUCUUUAUGCAAGAUGUAAUUUGGAGGACCAAAAGAGGACACUUCUUCAGGCCAUGGGAGAUGAAACACUGAGCACAUGAUAGUUUUGUUUCAUCCAAGCGCUGUUCUCUGCUAAGUCAAUGUUGAUUUGUAUUAAGGACAAAUACUGAUUUCUUCAGGUCAGCAUGUCGACUGUGACGAGUGCUCAGACACCAGAGGAACUUAAUCCUCCCUCCCUUGAAGAAAAGCCAAAGGGAAAAUCACUGUUUCAUUUGGGUUCACUCUUCGCUAACAGGAGUGAAAAGUUUGUAAUUGCCAGGAGUGACAGUGUGCCAGAGGAGAACGUGCUGAAAAUAACCAUCACAGAGACCACGGUCAUUGAGUCGGACUUGGGCAUCUGGAAUUCUCAUGCUCUCAUCUACCUCACUUUGUGGUUUUUCUUCAGCUUUUGCACCCUUUUUCUUAACAAGUACAUUCUUUCAUUACUGGAAGGAGAGCCCAGCAUGCUAGGUGCUGUUCAGAUGCUUUCAACCACCUUUAUCGGCUGUAUCAAAAUGUUUGUUCCAUGCUGCUUAUAUCAACACAAAACACGCAUCUCUUAUCCGCCUAAUUUCAUCAUGAUAAUGCUGUUUGUUGGAUUAAUGAGAUUUGCAACAGUUGUCUUGGGUCUUGUCAGCUUGAAGAAUGUGGCAGUUUCAUUUGCAGAAACUGUGAAAAGCUCUGCACCUAUUUUUACUGUUAUCAUGUCUCGGAUGAUACUGGGGGAAUACACUGGAUUGCUGGUUAACCUCUCCCUGAUUCCUGUUAUGGGUGGGCUAGCUCUGUGUACAGCUACUGAAAUCAGUUUCAACAUUCUAGGUUUCUCGGCAGCUUUAUCUACUAAUAUCAUGGACUGUUUGCAAAAUGUCUUUUCCAAAAAGCUACUCAGUGGAGAUAAAUACAGAUUUUCAGCCCCAGAGCUUCAGUUCUACACAAGUGCUGCUGCAGUGGUUAUGCUUAUUCCAGCCUGGAUAUUUUUCAUGGAUGUGCCUGUGAUUGGGAAAAGUGGGAGGAGUUUCAGCUACAACCAAGAUAUUGUCAUACUUCUCUUAAUAGAUGGCGUCUUGUUCCACCUACAAAGUGUUACAGCCUAUGCCCUGAUGGGAAAAAUUUCUCCUGUGACUUUCAGUGUUGCCAGUACUGUGAAGCAUGCACUGUCGAUCUGGCUAAGUAUUAUUGUGUUUGGUAACAAAAUCACAAGCCUCUCAGCCAUUGGGACUGUUCUAGUGACAAUUGGAGUUCUACUAUAUAACAAGGCAAAGCAGCAUCAGCAAGAGACUAUACACAGCCUGGCAGCUGCAGCCCCACAGUCUGCACAAAGUACAGCUGAAGAUACUGAGCCACUGAUUUCCAAGGAUUUGGAACCGUAUGAUUAAUGUGGCCAUUCAUUCUUCCAACCUAGCAUAAUUCAGAAGGAACUCUUCCUGAAAGUGGUUGUUCCUUCAACUGUUGAUGCUGAUUCAGUACCUUUGAGUUCAUGGCAGGUCAAGCCUGGGACUUGAAGCAGAGACAAAACAAUGGGAAGAAUCCAGUAAGCCUGGAUAUACUGAGAAACUGGUGGACCAAACAGAGGACCUAAUGUCAUAUAACGUGGUAAAUGUGGGCUUUAUUGUCUGUCUUUGACUGCAAGUAACAUACAAGGCUGUAUUAAAGAAAGAACUUCA